CUGGGGGGAGGGAGAGCUUGGGGUGAAACUGAAAGUUUUUGGGUACUGGACCAUAAAUAGAGAGAGGGCGCCCACCCCGCACACACAGACACACACACAAUCACACAAGCACACACAGAGCCGGGGACUCCAUCCCUCCCGCGCUGCCCGCGUAUCCCAUCCAGCCGAUAGCCAUGAGAUGCCAACGCCUCUCCUUCUUCUUCCUCCUCCUCCUCCUCCUCUGCACAGCCCCUUGGGCACUGGGCGGCACCAACGACGCUGUGGACUGUUGCUUGAGCGUCACCCCGCACCCUGUCCCCCGCCAUAUCGUCCGAGCCUACCGCCGCCUCGGCCCGCAUGACGGAUGCACCUUGUCCGCCACCGUGUUCACCACCGUGAAAGGCCAGCAGCUCUGUGCCCCCGUCAACGUCCCCUGGGUGAGGGGUCUGAUCCGAAGGCUGGAGAGGCUGUGUUCCCAGUGGAACAAGGUGUACUGCAACUAACGGAAGAGGGCAGAGUCCCCGGAGUCUGGCGGCAACGGUGGAGCCUUGAGGAGAGUGGGCUGGGGGCCGGGGGACCACGCUGCUGGGGGACGGGAUGGGGAACACUGACAGAGAGAUG